GUCAAACCGACUCAAAGAGUCCAUGUGCUUGUGUGCGUUUCCUUGCGCAAAUUUUUUUUUACCCGUGCUCAGUUUUUAAAGUACAAGCAACAUGGAAAGAAAUCCGACAAUCCUGAGAGUUCCGGCCAGGGUUCCGAUGGCGAGGAGGAGUUCGCAGUGGAGAAGAUCAUCGACCGGCGGGUCCGCCAGGGCAAGGUGGAGUACUACCUUAAAUGGAAGGGCUACGCCGAAACAGAGAACACCUGGGAGCCCGAGAGCAAUCUCGACUGCCAGGAUCUCAUCCAGCAGUAUGAGCUGAGCCGCAAGGACGAGGAAAAGGCGGCGGCUUCCAAAAAGGACCGACCCAACAGCAGUGCCAAGACCAAGGAAACUCCGGGACGCGUUAGCACAUCGUCGGCCACUACGAGCAAGAGAAAGUCGGAGGAACCAACAGCGCCAGCUAGCAACAAAUCAAAACGUACAACAGAGGUGGACCAGGAAAGCACUGAUUCCUUGUCAUCCGGCUCUACCGGAUUCGACCGUGGUCUGGAGGCCGAAAAAAUUCUGGGCGCCUCGGACAACAACGGCCGCCUGACAUUCCUAAUACAGUUCAAAGGAGUGGACCAGGCAGAAAUGGUGCCCUCUUCAGUGGCCAACCUGAAAAUCCCGCAGAUGGUGAUCCACUUCUACGAGGAGCGCCUGUCCUGGUACUCAGACAACGAGAAUGAGGCUAUGCCUCUUCAUUUAUUUAAAAAUGAAGCCUUGUAAAACCUUUAUGUUUCU